UAUAUAUUCCCAUAUAUAUUGGUUGCUAAUUAAUCGUAGCUCACAUCUCACGGUGCUUGAAUAUUAAAGCAAACUAACAUUCCCUAAGUUUAUAACGUAAGCUUAGUUACUAACUUUGUCAUACAUUAAAUCCAUCCCAAGAAUAUAAAAAAUGAUUGGUCAUCUUUUGACAAAAAGGUAAAGAAUGACGCCUUUAAAAAAACAACAGUUUUCUUGCAGGCAUCGGAUGCGACUUGAGUGGGUUUGCAUUUUUGGUUGAGGCUUGCGUGGAUGAUCAGAAUUCCUAUCUAUAAUAAGCUGAAGUCGGUCAUAGAGUUGAUAAUUAGAUUUGUUAGGCUUUUGAUUUGCUAGUCUCCGAUGAGCAUCAACAUUAACUUGUUGUACAUGUCGUGAGAUGUCUCAAGCCUUGGACCUACUGCACUAAUAUCUUUUGAUUCACAGAGAAACAAAGAGAACAAAAAUGGCGGAAGCUGUCAUCGUCGGUAUUGCUGGAAAGAUCGUUGCUUAUCUAGGUCCUCAAGCACUAGAAAAUGUUGGAAAGUUAUGGGGCGUUAAGCAAGAACUUGAGGUGCUCAAGGACAGUGUCUCCACUCUUCAGGCAGUACUGGCCCAUGCAGAAGAGCAAUACCACCAGAGUCCCCAAAUUAAAUUUUGGGUUGAUAAACUGAAAGAAGCUUUCUACGAUGCACAAGACGUGCUUGAAGAAUUUAAUAUAGAAGCCAUGCGACUAGAACUGAGGGGCCACAAUGAAAUGAUGAAGGAGGUAAGGACAUUUUUCUCAAGUUCAAACCAGCUUGCUUUUAAAAUGAAGAUGAGUUACAAACUAAGAGCAGUUAGGGUGAGAAUCGACGCCAUUAAGGCUGAUAAGGGAUUCCACUUGGAUGAGCGCCCCGAGAGAGAGUGGAGGAAGAGAGAAGAGACGCAUUCGUUUAUACGUGAGGGAAAUAUUAUAGGGAGAGAUGAAGAUAAGAAGGUGGUCAUGGAAUUUGUACUGGAUUCAGACGUGCAAGAGAACGUUUCCAUCCUUCCAAUAGUUGGUAUUGGGGGGCUUGGAAAAACAGCUCUUGCUCAAUGUGUGUAUAAUGAUAACAUUGUCAGUAAACAUUUUAACUUGAAAAUGUGGGUUUGUGUCUCUGAUGACUUUGACAUCAAAAAAAUAGUGAAAAAUAUGAUAGCUUGUGCAAAGACGAAAGAACCAACCGAGGUUGCGAUGGAACGGUUGCAAAGUGAACUGAGGGGAGAGAUUGAUGGAAAGAGAUACCUCUUAAUUUUAGAUGAUGUGUGGAAUGUAGAACGAGAAACAUGGCUGAGCUUGAAAACUUUAUUGUUGGGAGGUGCUGGAGGAAGCAAGAUCCUCAUAACUACACGCCUUACUUCGGUUGCGAAGAUCACCGGCACUGCUUCGCCUCAUCUUCUCAAGGGGUUAGAUGAAAGUGUGUCUCUUGAAUUACUCAUGCAAAUGGCUUGUUGUAAAGAAGAGGAGAUACAAGAUCCUGACAUGCUAGCUAUUGGUAAAGAUAUAGUUAAAGAGUGCUCCGGCGUUCCAUUGGCAAUUCGAACUAUUGGGAGUUUACUCUUUAAGAAGAGUAAGCACGAAUGGUUGCAAUUCAAAGAAAAAGAGCUCCUAGAUGUGUCCCAAAGGGAACACGGCAUAAUAUCAAUACUUAAGCUUAGUUAUGACCAUCUUCCUUCACAUUUGAAACAAUGUUUCGCAUUUUGUUCAUUGUUUCCCAAAGAUUAUGAAAUAAAGAAGCAGACUUUGGUCGAUCUUUGGAUGGCCGAAGGAUUUAUCCAGCCAUCAAAUAGAAGUCCGCAUUUAGAAGACAUUGCUCAUGGCUAUUUCAUGGAUCUACUUUGGAGCAACUUCUUCCAAGAUUUUCAAAAAGACGAGGAGACUUGCAAGAUGCAUGAUCUGAUGCAUGAUCUAGCCUGCUCAGUUGCCGGGACCGAGUGUUGGGUGGCAUGGGAUGACACAAAAUCCAUACACGAAAGAACUCGUCACGUAUCAUAUGGUUCAACUUUCGAUUUGAUGGGUGAAAUUCCAAUCUCAUGCUUGAAAGCAAGUGCAUUGAGAACAUUUCUGUCUACUAAGAGUCAUUGGGAAAUGGAACCAACGAGUGAAGUAGAUCUAUGCCAACUGAUUCAAAGUUUCAAGAGGUUGCGCGUCUUGGAUUUGCAUGAAAAUAAUGUAGAAAAGGUGCCAAGGUCCAUUUGUAAGUUGAAGUAUCUCACGUAUCUCAAUCUCUCUCACAAUCAUAAAUUGAAAAGGCUUCCUAACUCUAUUACGAGAUUGCAGAAUUUGCAAACUCUUAAUCUCUACGACUGUUCUGUCCUUGAAGAAUUGCCAAGGGGCAUAAGGAAGUUAGUCAGCCUUCGAAAUCUAGACAUAGAUUAUUGUGAGAAACUUAGUUAUGUGCCACGCGGACUAGGGCAAUUGAGUUCUUUGCAUAGGCUAACGCGCUUCAUUUUGCCCCCCAAAAAAGCUCUUGCUAAGAAUGGUUGUGAAAUUGGGGAGCUAAAAGAGCUUAAUAACAUCUUGGGAAGCCUUUGCAUUGAGAAUUUGGGAAGCGUGACGGAUGCCAAAGCAGAAUCCAAGGCUGCGAACUUGAUAGGGAAGCAUUCUCUGGAAUCUUUGGAACUUCAAUGGGGCGAUUCCGAUAUUGAUGAUUCAGUAAUUGGGAAUGGAGAUGAAAUGCUAUUAGAUGGACUGAGGCCACACUCAAAUCUGCAGAAGUUGAGGAUUAAAGGAUAUAAAGGUGAGAGCUUUCCAAGGUGGAUGACGGAUAGCCUUGUGUCUUCUUUGCCAAAAUUAGUUGAGGUACGCUUCGACAAUUGCGGGACAUGUAAACAUCUCCCUCCAGUGGGCCAACUACCUCACCUCAAGAUUUUAGAGAUUUGGUGGCUGAAUGAAUUGGAAUACAUCGAGUCGGACCAUUCAUCCACUUCAGCGGCAUCAUUUCCUAGUCUAUUGGAAUUGAAGAUCGUUAAUUGUAUGAAAUUGAAAGCCAUGCCACCAGCUCCACAUCUCGAGCAAUUAAGCCUGUGUGGGUCCCACCCAGCGUUGAUAAAUAUGAUAGUUGACCUUAAUAAGUUGAAGAGCCUGGAAAUCUACGGGAUGGAGUCUCUAGAAUGUGUGCCCGUGGAGUGCUGGAAAAGUCUCGCCUCACUCGAAUCUCUAAGCAUCGGUACAUGUCCUCGGUUAACUUCCCUCUCCAAAGCACCACCACCAUUGGGUACGCGACAUCAAUCCAACCUGGUGGAUCUCGAUUCUUCGGAUUAUGAGGAGCUGGAUUUAUCCAAUUACGUCGAAAACAGCAGCGGCAACAACAACAACCUCAUCUUGGAACUUCACGGUCUCCGCUCCGUGAUGCUCCAACAACUUCCAAAACUAGCAUCUCUCCCACAGUGGCUUCUCCAGCUCAGCAAUCUCGAGGAUCUCACUAUUAUGUAUUGUGAGGAGCUGGAUUUAUGCAAAGACGAAAGCGGCAACAACAACCUCAUCUUGGAUUUCCAUGGAGGACUCCAUCACAGUCUCCGCUCCGUGACUCUCAUUGAACUUCCAAAACUAGCAUCUCUCCCACAGUGGUUUCUACAGGCCAGCAAUCUCGAGCAUCUCUUUAUCGCUUUUUGUGAGGAGCUGGAUUUAUGCAAAGACGAAAGCGGCAACAACAACCUCAUCUUGGAUUUCCAUGGAGGACUCCAUCACAGUCUCCGCUCCGUGAAUCUCGAUGGACUUCCAAAACUAGCAUCUCUCCCACAGUGGCUUCUCCAGCUCAGCAAUCUCGAGCGUCUCAGAAUUGAGGAUUGCGACAAUUUGAAGGAAUUACCAGAGCAGAUCGUGGCUCUUGAAUCACUUCAGAAGCUUCAAAUCAUCAAGUGCCCCUCGUUGACGUCAUUACCCGAAGGAAUCCGAAGGCUUGCGUCCCUUACUCACCUAAGAAUCGGAGCUUGCCCAGAAUUGGAGAGGAGGUGCAAGAGAGAUGGUGGCGAGGACUGGGACAAGAUUGCUCAUAUCCCCCACAUAACUCACGAUCGCUUUUCUCCUUUCUGAAGAUCGCUGAAGAGAGGGGAGGACAGAUCGCUGGCACAAGAUUUGCUCAUUUCCCGCACAUAUCUCACGAUCCCUAAUAUUCUCUCUAAAGGUAUUUACAGGGUGUGGGAACAUUGCUUUAUCCCCAUCCAUGCGAGAAAAACGAAGAAAAAUUCAUACUCCUCAUCCAACUCCGAGCUCGUUAAAUCUGGCUCGUGACUCGUGUUGUAGAUAUAGCGUUGCAAUCUCAUUAUUUGAUUCCACAAGGAGUGAAUUGCCUGCACAGUCCAAUGAUUCUGGAAAACUCUCGUAGAUGGAGUGAUGAGAUGUUCCUCUCAAGAAUGGUUUCUGGUUUACUUCCCUUAAAAAUAACUUUUAUGUCAAUGUGUUCCCAUAGAAUCGGAGCUUCUGGCAUAGAUCUGCGCAGCAAAUCAAGGGUAUGAAUGGCGACAAUGAAAUAUGUAGCGUUUUUCUUUUCACAUGAUACAUGCUACUGAUUUAUUAAUUCCUGAAAUCAAGCGAUCCCUAGACCUGUUGAGCACCCAUAUGAACUUCCAUAGUGGAAUUACUAUGGAUCAAGUACUAAAGUGAUCUUAUUUUUAGCAUUUGACAGCAACACUGUGUAAACUAAAAGCUGCAAAUGGUUUUGUAUUACAGUAGAGUUUCUAAAGUCUCUCUAUGAAGAAUUUGAAAGGAAAUGCAAUGGUGGGGAGAGAGAGAGAGAGAGAGAAGGGAAAUGCACAUUCUUGGUUUGCUGUUCAGCCAUUCUGCAGAGGUUCUCAGAUUUCUUCCAGGUUCCUUAAACAAAACAAGAGAACUGUAGCUCUAGUAGGGAAUGAGACAAUGAAGGCCAGCACCAAUGUUAGGCAUAUUGUUAUCCCUUGUACAAGCUCGGCUACAUCUCAGGUUAUCCCAGACAUAAUACGCUGUUAC